UUUCGGUUUCCGAAUCUUCCGUGCACGUGGGUUCGUUCUGUGAAAGUUCAUCGCACAUACGACCUAUGGAUUCUCGGAAAUUCUAUGGCAAGGGACCACCUGGAAAUGGAAAUGAAAGCGAGGACAGUGAGCUGUCUGACGAUGGUGACGACCUUUACGUGCCACCAGAGAAAGAAACUGUACCCCUGCAUGACCUCUCAUCAUCUGAUACAGAAUCGGUCGAUGAUGCUGAGCUCCUGCCAUCCCCAAGAAUCAAAAAGCAGAAGACUAAUAUCCCAACUUGGAAAGAAAAAAACAUCCGUCUAUGAUCCUGAGGCCGUGAAGUUUUCCGGUGAUACCACACUUCCACGAGAAGUUACUGAACUCGACACACCUCUUCAAUACUUCAAAUAUUUUAUUACACCUGAGAUUGUGGACCACAUAGUCGAUCAGACAAACCUGUACUCAGUACAGUGUGAGCCCAACAAGCCAGUGUGUGUAACUGGAGCAGAACUUGAACAGUUCUUUGGAACAAUUCUCUACAUGUCCAUUGUGAAGCUCCCAGCGACGAGACUUUAUUGGAACAGUCACAUCGGGCAGCAUGCUAUUUCGGACAUCCUAUCGUGCAACCGUUGGGAGGAGCUCAAGCGGUUCCUCCAUGUCAACGACAACACCACAUUUGCCCCCAUUGGUCACCCAUCUCACGACAAGCUGCACAAAAUCAGACCGCUUUUGGACAUGCUAAACGCGCGGCUGCACUUGAUUCCAAAAGAGGAGUAUCUUGCAGUAGAUGAGCAAAUAAUUCCGACAAAAUCAAGGUCAUCAAUUAAACAGUAUAACGCCAAAAAACCUCACAAGUGGGGAUACAAGGCAUUUGUACUGAGUGGAAUAUCGGGGUUCAGUUAUGACAUUGAAGUGUUUGCUGGCGCUCAGAACAACACCGUACCGGUUGGCUGUCCAGACCUUGGCGCUAGCAGCAACGUAGUCUUGCGACUGUGCAAGACUGUUCCUGAGCAAAAGAACCACAAAAUUUUUUUUGACAACUGGUUCACCAGUGUGCCACUUGCUGUUCAACUUGCCAAGAAGGGCUUGCUUCCUUUAGGAACAGUGAGAGCCAACAGAUUGCCUGGGUGCAAGCUACCAAAAGAAGCCGAGUUGAAAGCCAACGGACGUGGCAGCAUGACUGAACGAGCCGCAACAGUCGAUGGUGUCGACGUGUGUGUCGUGGCGUGGUAUGACAACAAGGUAGUGACCACUUUGUCUACCUAUGUUGGAAGUGGCCCAGUGGCUGAAGCUGAGAGGUAUGACCGAAAAAGAAAACAACACCUGAUGGUUCCGUGCCCGCAGUCGGUGAAAGUUUACAACAGCUACAUGGGGGGUGUGGAUCUUCUGGACUCCAUGCUAGGGCUUUACAGAAUUCAAAUCAGAUCAAAGAAAUGGUAUCUCAAGAUAUUUUUUCAUGCCCUUGAUUUGGCAUUAGUAAACUCUUGGCUCCUCUGGAGGCGAAGGAAUGGAAAAGGAAUGCCGCUCGCUGACUUCAAGUUGUCUGUAGCUGAAGGUCUCUGCAAAGCUGGAAAACCUGCCGAGAGAAAACGAGGGCGCCCGAGCAACGAAGUCGAGGCUCAACUCAUCGAGAAAAGGAGACGUGGUCCUGCAGCUGCAGUACCCUCGCAGGACGUUCGCCUGGACAAGACGGACCACUUCCCCCUAUGGAUUGAGACACGGGCAAGAUGCAAGUUGCCGAGUUGCCAGGCAAAAUCCUUUGUGUCAUGCCAGAAGUGCAAUGUUCCUCUCUGCUUGAACAAAGAGAGGAACUGUUUCUUGAAGUUUCACACGUCCUAAAUGUUUGUGUAUGUUGACACAAAUCUGUCAUUUAAUGUUUCUUCCAAACAAUAAAUAUUCUUUCAAAUAUUGCCACAAA